UUCACAUAGAGACUUUAUUAGAAUUAAAUAACAUCGCACAAAAAAAGCAAAAGUACAACCAGCCGGAUAGUCACCCAGUUGAACAUACACAUUUAUAACACUUGUGCGUGUCAGAGAGAGAUAAAGCGAUACACACACACACACACAGAAACAGACAGGAAAACACUAUGUGCAUCUGUCAGACAUGAGGAUCACCCCAUCAGUAAGCCACAGCAGCCAGCAUGAAAUCUUAAAGAUCACACAUAACAUAACAUUUGGCUCUUUCUCCAACACACAUACACAUUCAAACAUUUUCCAUACUAAGAAUAUACAAAUACUAUCCAGAUGAUCCUCGUGCUGAGAGAUAGCAAGCCUCGCAGAAACAAUGAAUAGUGGCUGUAAUGACAAUCAUAAUAGCAAUGAAUCUGCGCUGUCAUAAAGGAGGUAGACCUGUUGAACCUCCUCCAUCUAGAGCACAAACCAGAACGGAAAACUACACAUUUCCAAGCCACGAGUAAACAUCUAAGGCCUUAUAGUGUCAUAGCAGCACAAGCAUACUUGUCAAGAUAACGGCGUGGACAGCAGCCAAGAAAACCACAUCGACUAUUUUUCACAGAUUGUUUUCUCAAAGUUGUCACUUAUUUUUUGUGGGGUUUUUUUUACAUUUUUUUUUAGAAAGGACAAUAGUCACUCUGUUCUGUUAACAUUUAACCACAGACAGUUGAUGUCAAGCCAACCCUGAGCAUGUCAGGAUCAAGAGUUGUGGCCAUUAACCAUGUUCUUUUCCAUGGAUCAGGUAACAACCCUUCAAAAGGCUUUUAUCUCCAGCUCUCAUUUUGCCUCAAACAACAGUGACUCAUGUAUACACAUGGUAAACGCAUGAGGGACUCAUACACACACACACACACACACACACACACACACACAUAGACAUACAUAUACUGUACACUCAAAACACACUUAAGGCAAUGGCGGCCUGGCAACUGUGACCGUUGGAGUCGAUCUAAAUGUGCCUUUGUAUCCCCCCUUCAUCUGUUCAUCCCAUAUGAUUCUAUGGCCUGAACAAGCUGCUUAGAAACAUGGCACACUACUAAAUAUCACCGAAAAACAAGAUCAGCUCUUUCCUUCACAGAACAAGACUAACGAAAAGACAAGAGCAUACUUAGUUUCAUGUUGCUGAGACUUGAUUUUAGCUCAAUUGAGAAUACUAAGUGAAUAUUAAUAAGGUUACAGAUGAGCAGGUUCUGGGCGCAGAUGAGGAGCUGGAGCAAUUUCUGUUUGCAUGUUGAUAAAGAAGGUUUGUGUCUCCACAUAUUGUUGCUGAUGAUCGCGGGGAGAUGGCUGCACUAAUCCAAAAUCCACCCCAGAGACAGUAAAGAUCAACUAAUGAAACAAUAACCAGAUGUUUGCCAUGUCUUUAAUCCUCAUCAUUAUGUCCCUACACUCACUCCGCAUGGAUCAUAUUGAUACGAUGGCUGAAAUGACUAAUGCAUCUUCAUUAAAAUACGACCAUGAAGACUAUAUUAAAACAUAACUCAUAACUUGAUGCCCAUGAGCAGUCAAUCUGACAAACUCGACAACAAAAAUGUUCGAGACAGCCUAAAAAAAGAGGCUGUAUUAUAUUUUUUUUGUGGUUUCAAGGGACAAUGAAACCUUUUGUUGUGCCAAAAAUGAGAUUCUCAUUUAAUGAGCAAAUGUGUACGAGUAAUUAAAAGAGGAAGUUUGGAUUAACAACGAGGCAAAGCUGGCAACUGUUCUGGGGCUGCAGACCUCCAGGGGCCCCAAAAUCCCCCUUAAAGUCACUGUGUUGCUUUGAUAAUUUGAUUAAUAAGUUUACGUCACAAAAGUUCAAUAUCAACAAAGCUGGACUAACAUUAGCUAAUACUGUGGCCAUCUUUUAGAGAGGUCAGGUUUAGUUUAUAUUAAGUUAGUUAGUUAAGUUAUUUUUAAUCGAAUCAACAUAAUAAAACAUUGUUUUAAGUAUCGAUUCAAGCUUGAGGUUAGUGGUUUCACUGGAUUUAACUGGAAUUUAAGGACACAGAGCCCAGAGGCCUAGACUGUCGCAGCAUCAAUCAUAUAAGCAAGUGCCCUAAAGCGACAUAUGUUUACGUUCAAGUGAUAAAGUUCAGAGUAAUUUUGACUUUAACACGUUUCCAAGAAGUUUUUUGAUCAUGACCGCGACUGAACCAAGUGUUAACUGUAAGCAUGAUGAUGAAGGUCCCUUUACCUUCACGUAACAGCAAUUUUAACCCAAACCAAGAUUUUUACUAUAGUGUACUUUAAGCAAAACUAACUUUAACUAUCAUUGUCACAUAAUGAAACUUAUGUAGCACUUUUGGAAAGCACGGACAAAUGAUAUCGACCUGGCGCCACAGCAGAAAACGCUUCUAUUCUUUUUAUUUAGCGUUUCCAAAGGGCAUGGCUAAAACAUUUUGAGGUUUAAUUUGGAGGAUUUUUGGAGGUCUUCCAACUAUGUAAAAAGGGAACUAGAGUUAUUAAUUCUCUGGCAGAAAUAAUUUCCUACUUUAAAAAUAAGUUAAUUAUAAAAUACCUUCUCAUAAAUGUCAUACUGAAAGUAAUACUAACCAUCACAAUGCCGAUCAUUUCAAUUGCGCUCGUUACAAUAGUUACAGUCCAGUAUGGAAUUCAAGUAAUGAGUUUUAUCCGUUCAGCCUUUUCUCAUUCUCCCCACAGCUGAGUGGAUUUGUCAUGAAUGCACCUGUGCAGCUCAGUCAGCCAAAUUUGCUCCUCAAAUACCAGCUUUGCUCACAUCAAACAAUUAUGACCCUGCUCGGACUGCCAUCCCCUGCACCCCCAGAGACUCCCUCUGCAACACCUGUGCUCUGUGUCCUUAUCAUUCAAUGAAGCAGCAGCCCCCCCCCCAAGCCCAGCUGCAUCAUUUGUCAGUGACAAUGUGUGUCAGAGAAUAUGGGACGUUUAUUGUCACAAAUGUUUAUGCUUUUAUUUGGAUGAACAGACUCGUGCGCUCAUGAACAGAGCAGAGAAGCCAUUAAACCACCCAAAUGCUCAACAGACAGCGGUGAGAUAUCGGCACGCGUCGUACUUAAAGGAUAUGGCCGGGUACAAGCCAAAAGUAAUUUCUCUGACCAAGAAGCCCGGUCAUACAUUUGGCUUCUUCUUGAGGGUGGAGCAGGGCGAGGACGGUCACCUGAUCCGCUGCCUGGAAAUGGGAGGUCCAGCUGAGCUGGCUGGCAUGAAAGAUGGAGAUCGCAUCCUGCGGGUCAAUGGAACAUUUGUUGAUGGACUGGCCCAUUCAGAGGUGGUGGACAUUGUGAGAAACAGUGGAGCAUCAGUCACGUUCCACAUCCUCGAUGAAGCUUCCUACAAGCAAGCCAAAGCACAGGGAGUGAACCUGUUGAGCAAUAAGAGCACGCCGGUUGUCAACGGUGUGGACAAAGAUGAUCCAAAACUCAAACUGUGCUACCUGGUUAACUCCAGCUCAGGCUUCGGGUUUUCUCUUCGCUCAGUUAAAGGUGAGGAGGGUUUUUUCAUUACAGAGGUGAUCCCAGGAAACGUGGGUCACAACGCAGGGGUGAGAGUCAAUGACCGUCUGGUGGAGCUCAACGGGGAGAACGUGGAGGACGCCACGCACGAGCAAGUAGUGGACAAGAUCAAGCUGGCUGGUGGCAGCGUUAUGUUCCUGCUGGUUGACCAGGAAACCGACAAGUUCUACAAGAAGAAGGGCAUGAAGAUAGGAGCGUGGUUAGCCACAGUCAAGCAUCUCCCACUCAAGCCACGCUUCAUCAACAUGACCAAAGGAUCCGACGGCUACGGCUUCUUGCUCAAAGAGAUGCCCCAAAAAAGAGGCCACUUCAUCAAGGCAAUAGACAGAGGCAGCCCAGCAGAAAGAGCAGGCCUGAAGGAAAUGGACAGACUUGUGGCUGUGGACGGCCAGGAGGUGGACAACUGCAGCCAUGACCAUGUGGUGGACAAGAUUAGGCUGAGUGGAAACAAAUGCUGCUUCCUAGUGGUGGACAAAGACACGGAUCAAAUGUAUAAGCUGGGGAAAGUGUCUCCUAUGCUUUUCUGCGAGGAGAUGAAGGAGUCCAUCUUACCGCCCAGUUACAUAGAGGCCCUCACGUUACCUUCUCCUGACAGAGCGUCCACAUCUUUUAAGGCAAAGGAGGAGGAACUAAAGCCCAAACUAUGCAGGAUGGAGAAGACUUCAGCUAGUUAUGGCUUUCACCUAAACGGCAUCCAGGGUGUGAAUGGACAGUACAUCAUGGACGUGGUGAAGGGCGGAGCAGCUCACAGGGCAGGUCUGGUGAAUGGCGACAUUGUGGUGGAGGUGAACGGAAUAAACGUGGAGCAGAGCAGCCAUGAAGAGGCGGUGGAAAUAAUCCACCGCAGCGGUAGCUCUUUGGAGAUGCUGGUGGCUAAAAGGAGCGUCUAUGAGCAGCUCAAAGCUAAAGGAGUGAGCAUCACACGCCUGCUCCUCGGGGAAACGUCUUACGCUCAGGUCCACUACGCAGAUUCUCCAGAGGAGGAGAAACGUGAGAAGGCCAGACCUGAAACCCCGACUAAACCAGCAAGAGAGAGGACGCCAUCAUCUUCAUCUCAAGAAAGUGUCGAUGAGAGACUUUGAGGAGAAACUCGAAGGACCCGUUUCCCUGAUUUGGCCUCUGUCAAUCUAAUGUUGAUCCAUUAUUUCACACAUCCAAUUAAUAUCAGAGGAGACAAAGAGAUGAAGGACAAAAACAGAACAGAGACAGAACAGUUACAGCGUGUAAAAAGAGUUGAGAACAAAACAUGUUCCCGAAGCUCUUUUGUCUUCCUUUGAUGCGAACAGUCGAUGUACUCGUAAAUGAGGCUGUGCAAUGAUCUGAGUAAUGAUCUGAGAUUACCAAUCUUAUCAAGAUAACGACAGCAUGCAGAACUAAAGCCGACGCUAUUAAUGUUUCCAAAAAAAACACUGUGAACUUUCAUGUUUCUCUAUGCAAAGACUGAUGCUUUUAUUUAAUGUUUGGAAAAUUCAAAUCUGUUGUUCCCGUUUCUAAAUGAAAAGAAAAUGAAUGACAGUUUCCAUGAAUACAAAUAAUAAAUGAACACGUACGAUCUGUUUACUUCAUGGGUAUUUCUUAUUGUUCCCAAUUAAAUGAUAUAUUUUGAUACAAACGACACUCGCCACCUCAGGACGGAGAUCAUGAGUGAUGCCACGAUGUUUCCUUCAUAUAGUCCAUUCACGCCUCAGUGAAAGUGAAGCAGGGACGUGCUGUGAACGGUACAGCUCCAGUGUGUUCAGACAAAAGAACAUUUCGGGCCAAAAUAGUGAAAAUUUAAGAGCACAGAGAACAAAAGCUUUUCAUUUGCAGGUGAGAUUUAAUUUGUAAUAGAACUGUUUGUUCUGUAAAUACUACAAAGUAGUUUCCUCAUGUGCUCUGAGAGUUCCCCAUCACUUGCAUCCAACAAGCAGCCAUUCCUGAUUCAGGAACAGGCAGUCCAUAUAAUUCCCAAAUCCCAUAUAUUAAAAAAAAA